AUGGAUCCGGAUCUCGAUUCCGGCCUCUUCGGUAUCCAACUCUCCGAUUCCGAGGACGGAAGCAAUGACUCAGAACCCGCUGAAGGAACUCGGCCGCCGAAGAAAGGAGAAUCAAGCACGCCUGUAGACCGGACAGCCCAGUCGGAGGAGGAGUUUCAGGCUGUGCGGAGGGAAUACCGAGUUAAAGUCGAAAACGGAGAAAUAUGGAAAACCAUCCAACUACCCCUAGGACCAGGCCGGAUCCCCAAGCCCGAGGCUCAAGCCCUACUACACGCAGUUGAGAGCUACUACUUCUUCCGGCGGUACUCCGAGGGCGCAAAAUUUGCGCGAACUAUUCUAGGUAGGAAUGGGAGUGAAGGUAUUGACGAAGAGGGACCAUCUGGACUUGACGAGGACACUAAGAAGCUAUUGCGAUAUUACGAAAAGAAAUGUAAUGAGAAAGUGUAA